UCGGGAAACGCAGCGUGUCGACCGAGUAUGAGCUGUUGAUGCGUGAGCCUACUCAAGCCCAGGGAACCCGUCCUCUCGACAAUAGUCUUCCCGUAUGCCGUGGCUUGCUGAGACGGGAAUCGAUGCCCGCAGGCUUCGGUACACGCCGCACGUAAAGCAAGACCCAAGAGUGCGGAGAAGACAAACCAUGGCUGCGGUCGGUUGCUUUGAGGAGGAUUUGCUCCGGAAACAGCCAACCGCAAGUCAGCAUGAGCAAGGCAAUGGCGAUGGGAGAGUCAACAUGGGCCCAUGGUGCGAUCUCAACGUACCAUUGCACAUUAUCUCGGCUCGGGCGAUACUCCAUACUCGAUACAUAGGACUGCGGUCGGCUUCAUCUCAUCCCAUCACUCCUGAGUUACAGCUCCAACUUCCAAAAGAGCCAUCAACCUUGCAUCAAACAUGA